AGAAGUAACGAGAUUUUGGUUGAAGCGAUCUUAAUUCAGUAUUCAGGCAUUGAGAUAAAUCUCGUGCUAAAAUGUUUUUCUUAAUAAAAAUAUGUGUGAUAUCAUUUUGCUCUGCCCAUGCACACAGGUUUGACUACGAUUACUCCCAAGAGGCCGACGGCUGGCUAAAGCUACACCGGGUACCGGCAACUUGGCAAGACGCUUAUCUCAACUGCUAUUAUGAAGGUGCCGUCUUAGCCUCUCCAGAAAACGAAAAUAUGAAGUUGGCGCUAACAAAAUUAAACAUUUUAUCAAAUUGUGGCAUAUACACUGGCGUUCACGCGACGUUCGGGAAAGGGGCCUACUUCUCAGUAAAGGGAACACCGUUAUCUCGCAUGCCAGUCACCUGGGCCCCUGACGAGCCCGACAACCCUGACAACGCCGAGGACUGCCUCCUGAUGCUGUCCAACGGCACCAUGGCUGAUGUCAAGUGCUCGGAGACCUUCCCUUACUUUUGUUACAUCAGUAACGAGCAAGCAAAGAAGGAGAUUAACGCGUGCGGUACAAUGGACGAAGAAUACUCUUUAGACACAAGAACAGGUAGCUGCUAUAAAGUACACAGGUCCCCUCUGAAUUGGACACGUGCAUUCGUCGCUUGCGCACGCGAGGGGGGCCAUCUUGCUGUCAUCAACAGUAUCAUGGAAGCUCAGAUCAUCGCCACGCUGUGGAACAAUGCCCGUCCCCACUUUGUAGCCGGGAAGUAUAACAGAGACAUCGCUUUCUUAGGGUUCAAAACUAUCGAAAAUAAAUUCCAAUGGAUGACUAUACAUGGUCAAACGCUUGCGGCAGCCGGGUAUGAUCGGUGGUCCGACGGCCAACCUGACAAUCCAGGAGUCCAGAACUGCGGCGCCAUGUUCCGGAACGGGCUGUUAGACGACAACAACUGCGACAACACACUCCCUUUCAUCUGUGAGAAGGACCCGGCUAGUUUACUCUCGGAUCCAUUUAGUCAAUAGUUUUG